AUGACUGCUUCAAGGAGUCUUGUCGGAAUAGGCAGUGUGCAGCUCGACAAGCAAGGAGAGUUGCGGCUGUCCAAUCUCACUAGCUCGUCCCUGCCUUUGUCCAAGCUUGCUCAAUCCGGAUCAGCCUCGCCUGGAGGUUGUGCAUGUUCAUGUGUACCGUUGGGCGGGUCCAGCAUCCGUCUGUACUCAGUCGUCGUGAGUUACUCAAGCGAGACGCCCUUCCUUGGACGCUUGGACUACCAAGCGUGUAUCUUCUUAAGAAGGCCAUCUAGCCGCUUGCAUCACUCGGCACCGACCAAGUUUGUCGUACACCGCGUCUUGCAACCUGUGCGGUGCAUCGUUAUCCCUGACGAGUCUGUCUCCGUUGCAGCCUUGGGUUGA